GUUGAAGUCCAGAGAAUUCAAAAUAAACAUAUUCUUAUUGUUUACAAUUGAGACACAGUUUCUUUUUUUGCAACCUUCCAAUAAAAGUCUACCUGCAAUAUUAUUUUACUAAUCUACGCUAGAAAUAAUCUGUCAGAGUUUUUUUAGUCAAGUAAAUUAAGUCAUUAAAAUGCAGCGCAGUAUUGGUAAGCGAAUCCGUAUGGAUGAACCACCUCCUCCAGAGUAUGAUACAACUAACCCGAUGACACCAAUGGAUGAUAUGACACCAAUGGACAGCAAUGACACUCAGGAACCGUAUGGACAUUUCAAUAAUUACAGUCAUCAACAAUCUACACCUGUUCACCAUUCCAGCAAUGAAAUCUAUUCUGGCGACCAACAUUAUGAUGUUUUGCAAAAUUAUGAGAACUCACAAUCUGUUUUACAUUCUUCGGGACAACAGCCUGUUUCCUAUGAAAUUCAAGGACAAUAUGAGAUGUCAUCUCCAAAUGCUGCUCAAUCUUCAACUCAUUCUUUUGAUUCACCUAUGGCUCCAAUGAAUCUAAGAGGAAGAAUUACACGUUCUAGAUUAAGAAAUGCAACGAACCCUCAACCGCCUACUCCUCCCACUCAAAAAAGAAUACAACCAGAAGAAAGAGUUACGAGAACUCGCCGUGGACCUCCUAGGAAGACUUAUGCUGAAAAUUCAGGAGACGAUGAUGCUUGUUUAUAUCAUGUAAUAAGAAAUGCUCGUAUAUCUCUACAGACUGUUGUGGAUGAAUGGAUUGAAUCAUACAAAGCAAUCAAAGACAAUGCACUGCUUGCUCUUAUGCAAUUUUUCAUCAAUGCUUCGGGGUGUAAAGGAAAAAUUACUCAAAGUAUGGCAGCGAAUAUGGAGCAUGCUGCAAUUAUUAGAAAAAUGACAGAAGAAUUUGAUGAGGAAUCUGGAGAAUAUCCUCUGAUAAUGUCAGGCCAGCAAUGGAAAAAAUUUAGAACCAAUUUUUGUGAUUUUGUGGCUCAACUUGUAAAGCAAUGCCAGUAUUCUAUUAUAUAUGAUCAAUACUUAAUGGAUAAUGUAAUUUCUCUACUAACUGGAUUGUCUGAUUCCCAAGUUAGAGCAUUUAGGCAUACUGCAACUCUUGCUGCCAUGAAGUUAAUGACUGCAUUAGUGGAUGUUGCUUUGGUUGUUUCUGUUAAUUUGGAUAAUACUCAAAGACAGUAUGAGUCUGAAAGACAAAAGGCACGUGAUAAAAGAGCUAGUGAUAGACUUGAAAGUUUACUAACUAAACGGCAAGAACUGGAAGAAAAUAUGGAUGAAAUAAAAAAUAUGCUUACUUACAUGUUCAAGUCUGUAUUUGUACAUCGAUACAGGGAUACAUUACCCGAAAUUAGAGCUAUAUGUAUGGCUGAAAUUGGAAUUUGGAUGAAAAAAUUUCAUCAAAAUUUUUUGGAUGAUUCAUACUUAAAAUAUAUUGGUUGGACACUUCAUGAUAAAGUUGGAGAAGUUCGACUAAAAUGCUUACAGGCAUUGCAACCACUGUAUGCUUCUGAAGAAUUGAAAGGUAAAUUAGAGCUAUUCACCAGUAAAUUUAAGGACCGAAUAGUUUCAAUGACUCUUGACAAAGAAUAUGAUGUAGCAGUUCAGGCUGUCAGAUUGGUUAUCAGUAUUUUAAAGCAUCAUAGGGAUAUUUUGACUGAUAAAGAUUGUGAGCAUGUUUAUGAGUUAGUUUAUUCAUCUCAUCGAGCAGUUGCUCAAGCAGCUGGAGAGUUUUUAAAUGAACGAUUAUUUGUACCAGAGGAAGUUGUAUCUGUUCAAAGAACGAAACGAGGAAAGAAGAGGCUUCCAAAUACUCCUCUGAUUAGAGAUUUAGUACAGUUCUUCAUAGAGUCUGAACUUCAUGAACAUGGUGCAUAUUUAGUUGAUUCUCUUAUUGAAAGUAAUGCAAUGAUGAAAGACUGGGAAUGUAUGACAGAUUUAUUACUAGAGGAACCAGGUCCUAAUGAAGAAGCAUUAGAUGACAGGCAAGAAACUAGUUUAAUCGAAAUAAUGGUAUGCUGUGUGAAACAAGCUUCAACUGGUGAAGCACCUGUUGGUAGGGGUCCUACAAGAAAGAUUCCCUCUGUAAAAGAAAUCAAACAAGUGCAAGAUGAUAAACAAAAAUUAACUGAGCAUUUUAUUGCUGUUUUACCCCAGUUGUUGGAUAAGUACAGUGCUGAUCCAGACAAAUUGACUAAUCUAUUGACAGUACCACAACAUUUCGAUCUUGAAAUUUAUACUACAUCAAGACAAGAAGCUAAUUUAGACCUGUUGUUAAAAAAAAUUCAAAGCAUCACUGAAAAACAUCAUGACACAGAAGUUCUAGAAACUUGCGCUAAAACUUUAGAACUACUCUGCACUGAAGGAUUUGCUAUUUAUACUAGAUGUGAUGUUCAAAGAAGUACUUUAAUUGAUUCUAUUGUUAAUAAAUAUAAAGAAGCAAUGGAUGAAUGGAAUACACUUAUUGAAGGGGAAGAAACGCCAGAUGAUGAUGAAACUUACAAUGUUGUUAACAGUUUAAAGAAAGUAUCUAUUUUUUAUUCUUGUCAUAAUUUAGGAAAUUGGAAUAUUUGGAGUUCUUUAUUCAAAGAUGUUGAAGGGGCAAAAUAUGGAGUUACGAGACUACCUGAAGAAGCUGUAAAGUAUUGUAUAUCUUCAUGCUACUUCGGUGUUCUUUGGGAUCUUUAUCACAUAGAAGAAUUGAUUGAAUCUGGAGGGCCUACUGAUGAUAAAAUUGUAAAUGUUAAAUCCAGACUUGAAGUUUUUAUGGAAGUAAUGAAAAUGAUGCUUGUUCAAUCUCAUAGUCAAAUAUAUAAAGAAGAGGCUUAUCUUGUUGUUUGUGAUCUACUUAUUGUUUUUUGCAACCAACUGUCCACACACAGUCAUGCUGCUUUAAGUGGUUUAGUUUAUGAACCUGAUAAAAGCUUUCAAGUAAUGUUAAAUGAGUUCAUCCAAAGUAAUGUUUUUUCAUAUGAAGAAGAUGAUGAAUUGGACGAACAUUCUAAAAUAGCAGAACUUCAUAAAAGAAGAAACUUUUUAGCUUCAUACUGCAAAUUGAUUGUGUAUAGUAUAUUACCCACUUCAUGUGCUGCUGAUGUUUUCAAACAUUAUGUGAAAUCCUACAAUGAUUAUGGUGACAUUAUCAAAACAACUGUUGGUAAGGCCAGAGAAAUAAAUAAAGUGAACUGUGCUCGUACUAUGGUAACUGCACUUACUGCAUUGUUUCGGGAAAUGCAGCAAGGUAUGCGAGGAGCUCGUUUCUGUCGAUCAAUGGAAGAUUUUACAAGCUUAAAGGAGUUAGCCAAGCGUUUUGCUUUGUCUUUUGGCUUGGAUGCUGUAAAAAAUCGAGAAGCUAUUACAGUUCUACAUCGGGAAGGUAUUUUAUUUGCUGUUAGUACUGGUGAGAACAUAGAAGACCCCACAGGCCCACCUCCUAACCUCCCUUUUCUGGAAAUCCUCUCUGAAUUUACUAAUAAACUUCUGAAACAAGAUAAAAGAAUUGUACUAAACUAUCUAGAUCGCCGCAUUUCUAUGGGGAUGCCUUCAAGCCGAGGUGAAGAUUGGCAACCUUUACUUCUUUAUCGAAAUAGUCUUGUACAUGGUGAAACUGACCAACCUCCUAUUACUUCUAAAAGAGCUUAUUCUAGAAAAAAGAAAGAAGCAGUUGAUGAUGAAUCACUUGAAGACGGUGAAGAAGGUACUUCAGAUUCAGAAUUCAUGCCAGCAAUGGAUCCCAAUAAUCUUCGCCGACAAGCUUACAAAGGUGAUAGAUCAAUGUCACCUCAAUUCAGUAAUGACUCUCCAAUCAAUUAUUCUGUCGAAAGUCUUGCUACAUCAUCCCGUCCACAAAGACAGUGUGCUAGGUUUAAUUUUUGUUACAUUGAUACAUUUUCAGAUGAUGAAAUGACAUGAAAUCAAGUAUUUAUUACUUAUUGUAUUUAUAUAAUUAGCUUGUAACUUUUUAAUAUUUGUGUUUAUUAAUUAAGAUUAUUGUGUAAUUUUUGAAAAUAAAAUAUUUUUAGCUACUUGCUGGCUUUUAUAUGUAAACAAAAAUGGUAUUUUUGUAAAAAUUACUGUUACAAAAUAUUAAUUAUAAUAUAUAUGUGUAAAAAAAUUAUCAAUUAGUGAACAUUUUGUAAUUUUGUGAAAACUGUUAUUAUACAAGGUGUCCAAUGAUUAGGAAUUGUUCUUUCAAAAAAUUUGAUUAUACUCUAAAACCAGGUAUAUAAUUUUUUGGGUAUAGUUUUACGUGAUGAGUUUUGAUAAAUUCCAAAGCGUUAUGCCGGUAUUAUAUCCAACAUUGUGUUUAAUGUACUUAAUAAUACUUAUUGGCCAGCAUAAAGUUCUUACAUUACAUCAUUGACAUAAGCAAAUAUUUUAAUUCUUUAUGGAAACUCUUCUUGUAAUAAUUGGUAAAUUAUUGAUAGAUAUCUAUGGGGUUCCAUUUUCAUAAAAAAUUUUUAAUUUUGGUCAGCC